AUGAACUCCAAGCUGCGAGUUCCAUUCAACAUCAAGAAAAUUGCAAUCAUAGGAGCAGGUCCAUCUGGCUUGGCUGCUGGAAAGUUCCUUCAGGCGGAAAAGUACUUUGAUAAGAUCGAUAUCAUUGAACAACAAGCUGAAGUUGGAGGAGUUUGGAAUUAUACUCCAAAUAUAAGUGACAGUGUACCCAUCCCAUCAACAACACCAAAUGUAUCACCUGAGAAACCGAUAUGGCCGAAGGACGGAAAAGUUCCCAUUUUCUCCAACCCCAUGUAUGAUCGUUUACACACGAAUAUUCCCAAGACGCUGAUGUGUUUCUCUGACCGACCAUUUCGUUCCGACUCUUUGCUCUUCCCUAUGCGUGAAGAUGUUCAAGAAUACCUUGUUCAUUAUUCUGGAGAUGUUAGACAUCUGAUUCGUUUCUCGGAGCAAGUUCAGGACAUAAGAUUAGAAGCUGACAAUGAUCAUGAUCGAUGGGAAAUCACUUCCAAAUCUACAAUUACCAAUAACGAGAUCAAGGAGACUUAUGAUGCCGUUAUUGUUGCAAAUGGCCAUUAUUCGGUUCCUUUCAUACCUGAUGUACCAGGGAUAAAGGCAUUCAACUCGGCUCAUCCAUCUAUCAUUUCACAUUCCAAAAUCUUUCGUUCACCCGACGCUUUUGUAGGCAAGAGAGUAAUCGUGGUUGGCAAUGGAGCAUCGGGCUUGGAUAUUGGAACGCAAAUCAGUAAAGUUUGCAAACAGCCUUUAUUGAAUUCCGUCAGAACUUCCUCGGGCGAGGCAGAAGAUGGGAAGGAAGAGGUACCUCCCAUUUCAGAAUACCUCGCCGAUAUCAGGGGUGUGAGGUUCGACGACGGACGGAUCGAAAAAGAUAUCGAUGCCAUUGUAUACUGCACAGGAUACUUUUACUCAUAUCCAUUUCUCAACUCAUUGGAUCCGCCUGUCGUCACCACCGGUCGACGAGUGGUCGGUUCAUAUCAGCAUCUAUUUGACAUUCAACAUCCAACCCUUGCAUUUACAGCAUUGGCGCAAAAGGUUGUCCCGUUCCCAAUAUCUGAGGUCCAGAGCGCAGCAAUCUCGAAAGUUUGGUCGAACAAGUUGGUCUUGCCUAGUAAGGAGAAAAUGAAGUUAUGGGAACAGGAAAGAGUGAAAGAACAUGGUAAUGGCACGUCUUUCCACAUCUUUGGUUAUCCGCACGAUGCGGAAUACAUAAAUGGUUUGCAUGACUGGGUCAAAGGUGCUGAAGGUGGGUUCAGCAAGGAACCUGCAUGUUGGGAUGAGAAGAUGUUAUGGGUGAGAAGGUUAUUUGCAGACAUAAGAAAGAGCUUCAUCGAAGAUGGUGGGAAAGCAAAGACAAUGGAAGAGCUGGGUUAUGACUAUGAGAAACGUGAUGGACAAAACGUGAUGGGCAAUUGUGAAGAUAGAUUUUAA